UCUGGUUACUGGCAAGUGUAAAAUUGUGGAAUAAAAAAAGCAUAGAAAGCAAGGUCAAUUAAAAUGGCUUCCAGAGCGCUUGUUGGAAGGCUUAGCUCUAUAUCGACGUUGGAACAUUCACAGACUAACACAAUAAAAAAUCUCAUAGGAGCACUGAAUUUUGUUUUCUACAAUGACAGGAAAAGAAAUUACUCUUCACAGAAACGACUAGUAACAAUGAUCCCUGGUGAUGGCAUUGGUCCAGAAAUUUCUGCUUCUGUUAAACAGAUUUUUAGUGCUGCUUCGGUACCAAUAGACUGGGAAGAUGUUGAUGUGACACCAGUGAAAGGGCCUGAUGGAUUAUUUCGACUGCCCCAGAAAAUUUUUGAAUCCAUGGAAAAAACAAAAGUUGGUUUAAAAGGACCUUUAGCUACUCCUAUUGGCAAAGGACAUCAGUCUCUUAAUUUGGCACUUCGCAAAGCCUUCAGCCUUUAUGCUAAUGUGAGGCCGUGUAAAUCUAUUGAGGGCUAUGAAACGCCCUAUAAAAAUGUUGACAUUGUGACAAUUCGUGAGAACACAGAAGGAGAGUACAGUGGAAUAGAACAUACUAUUGUUGAUGGUGUUGUACAAAGUAUAAAGUUAAUCACAGAAAAUGCUUCACGUAGAGUCGCAGAAUAUGCAUUCAAAUAUGCCAGAGAAAACAAAAGAUCUACUGUAACAGCUGUUCACAAAGCAAAUAUCAUGCGCAUGUCAGACGGUUUAUUUUUGAAGUGCUGUAGAAAUGUGGCUGCCAAAAAUAAAGAUAUUAAAUUCAAUGAAAUGUACUUAGAUACUGUUUGUCUGAAUCUUGUUCAAGAUCCCUUAGCCUUUGAUGUCCUUGUGAUGCCAAAUUUGUAUGGUGAUAUUUUAAGUGAUUUGUGUGCUGGUUUAAUUGGUGGUCUGGGCGUUACACCAAGUGGAAAUAUUGGAGAGGAAGGAGCGAUAUUUGAAUCUGUCCAUGGCACUGCCCCAGACAUAGCCGGUCAAAAUAAAGCCAACCCAACAGCAUUGCUUCUCAGUGCAGUGAUGAUGCUGAGGUACAUGCAGCUCACACCAUAUGCGGACAGAAUUGAGAGAGCUGCAUUUGAUGUUAUCAGAGAGGGGAAGGUUUUAACAGGUGACCUAAAAGGUAAUGCCACAUGUUCUCAGUUUACUGAAGAGAUCUGUAAGAAGGUGACUGCUUGAGAUGAGAUUGUGUCAUGGACAAAGAGACAUAUUGACACUUGUCAUAACUAAAAUAAUUUAUUACAUGGAUGUUUUUUUUUUUUUUUUUUACAUAGACUGGUAGACAUUACAAAACGUAUCUCACUGUAAAUAGUUUUAAUUUCAUAAUAAAAUGUUUAUUUUGUCUAAUUUAUUUAUUUCUAGAGAAGAUACUUGUGUUUGUUAUCUAUUUGUAUGUGUUUUUUGAAGUCAGUGAGAUCUACAUUCGUGUGUGAUUCAUUGAGAUCUGAUAGUGUCUGAAUGUGAAUCUAUCCAGAUCUUAUGCUCAUGAAAUAUAAUUUAAGACAUUUUUCUAGUCAAUUUUUAGGAUUAAGUCUUAAACAGAAAAGCCAAGUCAGUGCCGAAAUUUUAAUUUUAGCGCUUCAUUUUUUAAAAACUAAAUCAUUGCUGAUAAAAUAUGUCAUUUUCAGCUAUCUUUCAAUACUGUUACUUGAUUUGAUAAUUGUUUGGGGAUGUGUAUCUUUAGGUGGGAGGGGGACGUGUAUCUUCAGGGCUGCACAUGUUGCCUUCCUUUAUACAGGCUUGUAGUUGUCAAUCAUGAACAAGCUUGGUUUAUAUAUCACAAUUACAGUUGAAUAUAGUUCAUUGGACCAGCUUUGUUAAGGGCAGAGUACAAGUUUAAAGCCAUCUAGUGAUGCAUGAUACUUUUGGACCAAAGUGAUAUGAACUAUGAACCAAGAUUUUACUUCUACCUUGUUGUUCUUUCUAAUAAAUUUCAAAAUUUGAGACCUCAUAUAAAUCUAAUAUGGGCAUUGAUUAUCCUAUUGAUGUUCAUGAGUUGCUUGUCUUGAUUCAUGAAAAGCUUUUUGGUUUUGACAACUGUGAGUACGAGGUUGGGACUACUCUAUUCUCUCAAAUCUCAUUAUCUCCCCAUCAACAUAUUUUCUCCAGGCUUGACAACAGUUUUGUUCUUGUUGAGCAGAAAACACUAUUUUAGCAUCCGUCUAUUUUGUCUACAUUUCAUCUUGUAUGUAAUUGAUGAUAUUACAUUACACUUGUGUACACUUUAUACAAUUCCCUAUGCUUUGUCCCUACACAACAGAAAGUGUGGUACUUAUUGGUGAUAUUACAUUACAGUGGUGUAAAGUAAAACAAUUCCCUACACAACAGAAAGUGUGGUACUAUUUGCUCAAGUAACACAAAAAUAAUUUGUCUGCUAUUUCAUUUUUUGUAAACAUUGAUAUUGAGGUUUUGGUUUCAUUUCACAAACUUGAUAAUUAAUGCACUGAGCUUUAGUGAACAAAAAAUAACGUCAUUAGAGCAUUGAACAUGUAAUUAUAUAAAUAUGAAUAGAAUAGUUGAAAGUUGUCUAUUUGUUUAUUUAAUGUACAAAAGUUUUUUUAUCUAAUGUUUUUGAGAAAGAUGAGUAGUCUGAUAAAUUAGUGAUUGAUAAUUUGUAGUCAUUAGACAUAAAUAUCUGCUCCAAUCAAAAAUAUGUUUUGUUUGACUGUUAUGUUGUACUGCUUCAAUAUCAACUGAGAUUUGCUUGACAAUCAAAACAAGUAAUAAAUAAACUUAGUUCACUAGGUUCUACUAUAGUUUGUAUCCAGAUCUCUAGGUAUGAAAAAAAUCCACACAUUGUAGAUGUAUUGACACAUUUUACAGAGUAGGUGAAAUAAUUGUAAAUUGUUAGUUUUAUUAUAGAACUACUGGGACACAGUUUAUGUAAAAUUAUAAUGAUGUAUCCUAUCUCAA